AUGGCCCCGUCCAGCGACGAUGGACGUCGGUCCUCCUCCAUCGAAGCCAUCGACCUCGAUGCCGAACACAAAGAGCCUUUACUGCCCGGGUCACCGCCGCCGGCGCGGGGGAGGAGGAAAGGUUCCCUCUUUGCAUGGCUGAGGGGGAGGCCCCGAGCCGUGCUGAGGGCCAUCCGUCGUCAACCGCGCUCCCUUCCGAGACUGCUAUUUCGGUAUACCGUCAUGUUUAUUCUCCUGGUCUUCAUCGCCACACCGAUAUUCUUCCCCUCCUACACCCGCCACCCGAAGCACUACAAGGACCUACGGAGACGAUGCCUGGUCUCCGACAGCCUGUCUGGCUGUGCGAACCUGCAGAACGAGAAGGUCUUCAUCGCCGUCAGUCUGUACGACCCCGAAGGGAAAAUCGCAGGUGGGGAGUGGGCGCAGAACGUGCUGGAUGUGAUUCACAUGAUUGGGGAGGACAAUGCAUUUCUGAGCAUAUACGAAAACGACAGCGGAGAGGAGGGCGCUGCCGCGUUGGCCGAGUUCAAGAAGAACGUGCCCUGCAAGCAUAGCAUCGUCGUCGAGGAUCACGUCGACUACAACGUCUUCCCUCACAUUACUAUGCCCGAUGGAUCCCAACGUCUCAAGCGGUUGGCAUACCUGGCCGAGAUGCGAAACCGGGCGCUCUACCCGAUCGACCAAUUCGACCCCGAAGUCGGAGUGGUCAAGUACGACAAGAUCUUGUUUCUCAACGACGCCAUGUUCGCUCCGGUUGACGCCGCCCACUUGCUCUUCAGCACCAACGCGGGCGACGAUGGCCGCACCCACUACCUCUCAGCUUGCUCCGUCGACUUUGACUGGAACGUCUUCACCAUGUACGACCUGUACGCCCAGCGAGACGCCGAGGGUUACUCCAACGGCAUCCCCAUCUUCCCCUACUUCACCAACUCGGGCAAGGGCAUCUCUCGCAAGGCCAUGGUUUCGCAGACGGACGCGGUUCCCGUCAAGAGUUGCUGGGCCGGAAUGGUGGCUAUGCAAGCCAAAUGGAUCCAGAACAUGGACAAGCAGCUGCCAACCAAGGACUGGCAGGCUGUGGCGCACCACGUCAUCAACCCGGACCAUCCCCACAACGUGACGGCGCCGGUGCGUUUCCGAUACGAGCCCGAGAUCUACUACGACGCCUGCGAAUGCUGCUUGUUCCUGGCGGACGUGUCGACGGUCGCAGACCGGGCCGGGGAGAUGGAUACGGGCGUCUUCGUCAACCCCUACGUGCGCGUGGCGUACAGGAAGCGGACGCAGUACCUCGAGCGCUUCGUCCGCCACUGGGAGCGUCUCUUCGCGCUGCCGCAGGGCAUCAUCACGCACUUCUCCCGCUUCCCCACGCCGAACCCGCACCGCGAAGUCGUCGAGGGCCAGCGUUUCCAGGAGGAAAUCUACCAGCGCAGGGAGGGGUGGAAGAUGGUGGACCGGACGGGACGCAACGGCAUGUUCUGCGGAGUGCGAGAGAUGCAGCUCAUCAAGGAGGGGCCGCGCGUCGGCAAGAACUGGGAGAACUGGUACAACAUUCCGUGGGCGGAGCAGAAGCUGCACUUCCCCAUCUGA